AUGUCGGAACCCGAACCUGUUCUCCACCCGGCUCUGCACCUCUGUCCUGCCUACGCCUCUGCUGCCAUCGCUCCGGGCCUCCGGCCGCGGCCACGCGCCUGCGCGCUAACUGUGUCCCACCCCGGCCUCGCCAACUGUAAAGCCACUCCCCCAAGGACAUGCCGCGCCCACGUUCACGAUGCAGAAAAUGCUUUUAAAGUGAGACUUAGUCUCAGAACAGCUCUGGGAGAUAAAGCAUAUGCCUGGGAUACAAAUGAAGAAUAUCUCUUCAAAGCGAUGGUGGCUUUCUCCAUGAGAAGAGUUCCCAACAGAGAAGCAACUGAAAUUUCCCACGUCCUGCUUUGCAAUGUAACCCAGCGGGUGUCAUUCUGGUUUGUGGUUACCGAUCCUUCAAGGAAUCACACUCUUCCUGCAGUUGAGGUACAGUCAGCCAUAAGAAUGAAUAGGAACCGGAUCAACAAUGCCUUCUUUUUGAAUGACCAGACUCUGGAAUUUUUAAGAAUUCCUGCCACUCUUGCACCACCUACUGACCCAUCUGUGCCCAUCUGGAUUAUUAUAUUUGGUGUGAUAUUUUGCAUCGUCAUAGUGGCAACCAUGCUAUUGAUUUUGUCAGGAAUCCGGCAACAUAGAAGGAAGAACAAAGGACCGUCUGAAAUGGAAAACACUGAAGAUAAAUGGGAAAACACAAUCACAAUUGAAAAUGGCAUCCCCUGCGAUCCCCUGGACAUGAAGGGAGGGCACGUUAAUGAUGCCUUUGUGACAGAGGAUGAGCGGCUCACCCCCCUCUGAAGGGCUGCUGUUUUGUUUCCCCCUGAAACUCAACACUUGUUUCUGUGCAACUGCUGAACAUCACAGUUCAUUGAGGGAAGAUUAUAUAUUUUGUUUCACCAUUCUUCUUUCGUAAGAAAUUUUGAAUGUGCAUGGAAUUGAAAGGCAAUGAAUUAUACCCAUGAAGACCGUUGGAAUAGUAAGCUGUUGACUAUCCAAUAUAUCCUAAAAUAUUUCUCUGACAGCACAGUGUGUAAGUGCAGUCAUGUGGCAUUUGUAGUUACUGAUUUUAAAAUGCAUGAGUAUUUAAGCAUUUCCAGCAAUAAGGUCAGGCCAGUAUAUAUAUAUAUAUAUAUAUAUCACACUUUAAAGACCUAAGAAAAAAUAUUUUUCCAGUGGAGAAUGCCUAUAAUGUGUCCAAAUCAUUGAAAAUCGAUCCUUUUUGAAUAUCAUUUAUAUCACUCUGUAUAUGACAAGAUAAGCAAGAAUAACAAGUAAUUACUGUAAAUGGGUUGGAUAAAAAUGGGCGUGUUGAUAUACAAGGUGGAAUUUGAUCCUGUUAUCAUACCAACAGUUGCUUAUAUAUAUUUUCUAUCAGUCUC